AAAAGUCGGAGCUCAAAGAACACAGCUCAGACCUGAUGAGCUCCUGACACGCUGACUGUUGGAAACCACUCUUUCUGAAGCCAUGUCCACACAAAGGACAAACGUAGCUUUGCUGAUUGGGACCAUUGCCAUCGUGUCCCUGAUGAAACCGGACUGUGUGGCUGUAGAAGGAGAUGAAAAGGGAUUUAAACUGUGCGUCACAUCGAGGCGAGCGAUGAAAGACCUCUCUCAUCACAAUCUGACCAACGUUCCCUCCGAUCUUCCCAGUGACCUGCAGUAUUUGGACAUUUCACACAACUCCAUCCAGAGACUGAACGGAGCUCCGUUUUCUGGACUGUCCCGGCUCUGUUAUCUGAAGGUAACUCACUGUGGCUUGCAGGAGAUCUCUCCCAGUGUCUUCAGUCACAUACCAGCACUCAAAGUUCUCAAUAUAUCCUACAAUGACUUACCUGUCGUCCCUGACAUUUCAUCUAAACUGCUGAAAAUCCUUGAUUUGGCAAACAAUCUGUACAACAGCUAUCAAAUUCCAGCCUCAUUUCAGAACCUAACGAAUCUGGAUGUGCUGUCAUUAGGUAGCACAGCGGCUCUGUCGGUCCACUACAAUGACUUUGAUCCAUUGACCAACGUUUCUCUGCAUCACCUGGUGUUGGGAGCAGGAAUUCACUGGCAAACGUAUGAUUCUGGUGCUCUCGCAAAACUGACGUCUCUUCAAACAUUCACACUUUUUGCAUCUUUUUGCGGAGAUUCCAGCAUGUUUGAGAACGUCCUCGUGGACUUGAAUGUGACGAGGGCAACAUCACUGAGAUUCAUCACUCUAUUUCCAGACAACUGCAACGUGACCGACCCCUUUUUUAACAACCUGAGAACUAUGCCAUUUGUACAGAAUCUCACCGUAGAAAACACCUGGAUCAACAGCUCAUUUAUGGAGGUGCUUCUGAAGAACGUGUGGCUCUCCUACCUUUAUGACCUCUCAUUUGUCAACAUCACUUAUAAUGAAGAUACACCAGACGGGUUUCAGUUUCGCACCAUUAAUCACACAGUCAAUCUUUGCUCAAUUACCUUCAAUGGUGUUAAUCAUUAUCAAUACAGGUACCCCACAAUCAACAUUAGUUUAGAGACCGUCUCAAAUCUGACUUACUUCAAGUUCUCUGGGACCGGAAUGAACAUUUUACCGUGUAAACUCCUGUCUGCCCUGCCAUCACUGGAGACGCUGGAUCUGUCAGAUAACCUCUUAACGGAUUCAGGCUUCUGGUGGUAUCACUGUUCGUACACCUCCGUCUUCCCCAAACUCAGGAGACUGUCUUUGAACAAGAACCGCUUCAGCAGUCUCUCCUUUAUCUCUGAGAAGACGCAUCAGAUGAAGACAUUAGAGUCUCUGGACCUCAGCUUCAACUCCAUCUACUUGGACAAGGACUGCUCUUGGCCUGAUCAGCUGACUGAGCUCCGCCUGGCGAACAACAACCUGGGCAACAGAGUCUUUCAAUACCUGUCCAUGAACUUUGAGAGGAUUGACUUGUCAAAGACGGGAAUAACAGCCAUAACGCAGGAGGAUAUGUCUCGGUUUCCCAAGCUGACACACCUCCAACUCAGCUCCAACAGCAUCCAGGUGAUCCCUGCAGAUCUCAGCUCCCUGGUUCUGCUCAGCCUCUACGUAGACCAGAACGCUAUCACAUCUAUAUCCGGGGAGGUCUUGGCAGGACUUCCCAGACUUCAGACCCUCAAAGCUGGAAGCAAUCCAUUCGUCUGCUCAUGUGACUCCUAUUGGUUCGUCUCUGUUCUCAACAAGUCUUUGCUCCCGGACUGGCCCUUAGAUUAUACAUGCAGCACCCCGCCAUCUUUUGCAGGCCUGUCUCUCUCAGAGUACAAAACCAGUGAGCUGUCAUGUGAGAUGUGGCUUCAAGCUGCAGUUGCUAUUCCUGUAAUAAUAAUGAUAUGUGCAGUCAUAGGUCUGGUCUUCUAUAAAUGUGACGGAGUGUGGUAUACAAAGAUGUUAUGGGUGUGGAUCAGGGUGAAGAGGAGAGGCAGGAAACGCUCCAGCAGGUUGCAGAAUGCAUCAUAUAGUUAUCACGCGUUCAUCUCCUACAGUCAUCAGGACUCCGGCUGGGUGGACGGCCAGCUGGCGCCCUCUCUGGAAGGUGCCGGGCUUUCACUCUGCGUUCACGAGCGUGACUUCGUCCCCGGCGAGUGGAUCAUAGACAACAUCAUCAACUGUGUGGAGUCCAGCUACAAGACGCUGUUUGUCCUCUCCAAACAGUUUGUCCAGAGCGAAUGGUGCAACUACGAGCUCUUCUUUGCCCAGCACAGAGCCAUCAGCGUCCAGCAGGACUCUUUAGUCUUCAUACUUCUGGAGCCCAUUCCGACAGACUCUCUGCCCAAGAAGUUCUUGAGACUUAGAAGUUUACUGAGGCAGCAGACGUACCUCGAGUGGCCCAAGGAUGAACGGAAGCAGCAGCUUUUCUGGGCAAGUCUUAAAUCCAUGCUGCGCAUGGCAGACAAAUCUAUGGUUCUGAAGGACGUGGCUUUGGCCAUUGCCGAUACAGCACCUCUACUUACAGAUCAAGUGUAAGAAGUAAUAUCUCAGUUCUCAGAUAGCAAAAGAAGAAUUAUUUUAAUACACUUAAUGGUACUUAAUCAAAAUCUUGACUGACAAAACAGGAGAUAUUUUGUAUGUGAGUUAUGAAAAGUGAUCAUUUAAAUUGAGAAAUGUGGAACUCACAUUUCAGAUGUUUAAAACUGAAUUGUAGGCAUCUGUAAUUAGAGGUUAACAUACACGUUAAGAACAGAAGAAACAAGUUGUAAGUCUUACAGGAUCUUUUCUUAAAGCAUUUCAAUAAGUCAACAUGUAGCUGAAGAUGAAUAUGUCUAGUCAGUCAGAGUUAAAAUGGUUCUAGAUAUUACAGUAGGAUAUGUUCUCAUGUAUUCAGGUCGAUGUUGGAUGCUGUAACAUUAAUAUAUAUAUAUAUAUAUAUAUAUAUAUAUAUAUAUAUAUAUAUAUAUAUAUAUAUAUAUAUCUAAGUGGAGUGGAUUGCUGCCAAACCAAAUUCUGUUGUGUUUAA